AUGGCGACCAUCAAGGCCAUCGAGGCCCGUUCAGUUCAUCAAAUUCAAUCCGGUCAAGUGAUCGUUGACCUGUGCUCCGUUGCAAAGGAGCUGGUGGAAAACAGUCUCGAUGCCGGUGCCACGUCCAUCGUUGCUUACAAUCUUUUCGAACCAGAGGUCCGAUUCAAGAACAAUGGUUUGGAUUUGAUCGAGGUGCAAGACAACGGCAGCGGAAUUGCGCCGGAAAACUACGAGAACGUAGCACUCAAGCACUAUACCUCCAAACUCUCCUCCUUCGAUGACCUCUCCCGUCUGCACACCUUCGGAUUCCGCGGCGAAGCAUUAUCGUCGUUAUGUGCGCUAUCCGACUUUCAUGUCACCACGGCACAGGCAAACCAGGCCCCCAAAGCGACACGUCUCGAUUUUGAACACUCUGGAAAGUUAAAAAAGACACAGAUAGUCGCGGGCCAAAAGGGUACAACAGCUUCGGUGGAAGGUCUGUUCAAAGGACUGCCGGUGCGCCGGCGGGAGCUGGAAAAGAACAUUAAGCGCGAGUAUGGCAAGGUUUUGAACCUUCUGCAUGCGUAUGCCUGUGUUAGCACAGGUGUGCGCUUUGGCGUCAGGAACUCGGUUGGGAAGACUCGGAAUGUCGUGGUUUUCAGUACAAAUGGCAAUCAGACUACGAAAGAGAAUAUCGCCAAUGUCUACGGUGCGAAGACGCUGUUGGCAUUGAUUCCGCUUGAUCUGGCACUGGAGUUUGAGCCAUCUGCAGUAGGGAGACGAACAGCUGGGUCGGGAGAAAUGAACAAGAUCUCGGUUCGCGGCCAUGUCUCUCGACCAGUUUUUGGAGAGGGAAGGCAGACGCCGGAUCGUCAGAUGUUCUUUGUGAAUUCCCGGCCGUGUGGGUUGCCGCAGAUUGCAAAGGCUUUCAAUGAAGUGUAUAGGUCUUUCAACGUCUCUCAGUCACCGUUUGUGUUUGCGGAUUUCCAGAUGGAUACAAAUGCCUACGAUGUCAAUGUGUCUCCCGACAAGCGGACAAUUCUUCUGCAUGAUGCGGGGGCAUUGAUUGAUUCUCUGAAGGACUCUCUUACCCAGCUGUUUGAGUCAUCGGAUCAGACGGUUCCUCAGUCACAGGUCGUUGGUGCUAAGCAGUCGGCUAUCAAACAACGCUUGGGAAACUUGCCUCAGACUCCUAGCCGGCCUCAAGUUGACGAUACGGACGCCUCAGAACCUAAAGAUCAGGAACCAGAUGGUAGCCAGGGAACCGGGAAGCAGUCUAGCUCACAGGAUAGGAUGAAGAGCUUCUUGAGUGGUCUCAGUGCCCGCGAAAGCAGACCGAUAGAGUCUUCUCCGGCAGAUUCUAGUUCAGGCGUACAAGAACUGCCAGAGCGUCUACCUCAAACCCAGUCUGAACCUAUCAAAGAGGAUAACGAGCUCUUUGUGAGACAGAGUACCCCUGCUGAGACAUUACCUUCCACCCAGGAUGAAAAUGCUCGUCCGGCUGAAGAGGUCACACAGCAAAAUGAAGACCGCUCAUCUCAGGGCAGUGCUCCUGAUGAACCCUCGAGGCAGGUUGACCCCUUGGAGGAGACUCCCAAUACAAUCCAGAACGCAUUUGAUCGGAUGCGACCGAGGCGGAUGCCUGCUGAGGUGGCUACAAUUACUAUUGGAAAUAAGACUGUCACGUCCAUGGUAGGAAGUGGACUGCCAAGGAAGAGAUCUGUGGGUGCUAGUGAUGCCGUCGGUAGUCCUACGGCACGCAAAAGGCGGAUUUACACGCCUUCUCGCCCUAGUAUAUUUGGCAAGCACAUGAGGGAUUUUGCUGCCCCAGGGACACAAUUAGAGCCUGAGAGUGAGGAUGAUAAGGAAGUAGAGGAGGAAGUGAUGGAGGAAGAGGGAAUUGAAGAUAGCGAAGAGGGAGAAGAUCUUGAAGAGGAGGAGGAAGAAGAAAUCGAGGAGAUAGAGGUAGAGGAGGCAGAUGAUUGCUCUCAACCUUACGCUCCGUCAGACCAUGGAAGCGAUCACCUACCAGGUGUUAGCGAAGAAGACCACAACCAGGAGGCUAACAAUGAUGUUGAACCCGACUCACAACCUGGCUCACAGAACAUGGAUGAAGAAGAGAAAAGGCAUCAUGAAGAGGCCGAAGUCCAGCGGCUCAUCCAAGAAGCGGAGCAGGCAGCAUUGCCACAGGGCAACAACAUCCACCGUGCGAACAAAAUGAACAAGGGAGCUGGUCACCGUGAUUCCACCGUUCAACUGAUGAGCACUAUGGAUGGGUCUUUUUCUAAGAUAAAGUCGCAGCUCGGGACACUGCAAGAAAGCCUUCGUCACUGGGACCAUUCCAGCUCAUACGACGAGCCCGAAAAUGAGCCAGAAACGGCCGAAGAACGACUCUCAUUAACUGUGAGCAAGGAAGAUUUUGCCAGCAUGCGAAUCGUUGGUCAGUUCAACCUGGGGUUCAUCUUGGCUACCCGAUCAUCAAACGGUGAUGCGGGCGCUGGAUCGUCCGAUGCCAAAGACGAACUCUUCAUCAUCGACCAGCAUGCUUCGGAUGAAAAGUUCAAUUUCGAACGCCUGCAGGCGGAAACUAUCGUACAGUAUCAGCGGCUUGUCCAGCCCAAAUGCCUCGAUCUCACCGCAGUGGAGGAAGAGAUUGUCAUCGAAAACCAAGAAGCACUGGAGAAGAAUGGCUUUAUCGUGGAGAUUGAUGAAAGUGGAAAUGAGCCUAUUGGCCGCCGAUGCAAGCUGGUCUCACUGCCCUUGAGCAAAGAAGUGGUGUUUGGUGUUCGGGAUCUGGAGGAGCUGAUUGUUCUGUUGUCGGAGACGCCCACGAACGCCUCCAGGUCGGCCUCGGACGUGUACAUCCCUCGUCCGGGUAAGGUGCGGAAGAUGUUUGCCAUGCGGGCAUGCCGGUCCAGCAUCAUGAUCGGCAAGAAUUUGACUGUCAAGCAGAUGAAAAAGGUGGUGACCAACAUGGGGACCAUCGAUAAGCCAUGGAACUGUCCCCAUGGCCGACCGACGAUGAGGCACCUCAUGAGUCUGGGGCAGUGGAAUGAGUGGGAUGAGUUUGGAGAUUACGAAGAGGAUGAACAACCGGCAGAAGAUCGGUUGGGGAUUUGGAGGGAGUAUCUCCAAGAAGUGGCUGGACAUAGUGACGAGCCCGAUGAUGAUGAGUAGAUGUCUGAUGGAUUCGGGUUUUUGGAUGGCCGUCUACUGUAUAGAAGAAUACUUGGAUAUGGAGAUUGGUUACAUUCUUAAUCUAUAGUUUUGGUUUCUUUGUGAUGCUCAAUCGACCGAGUGGAGGACUGUUGAUAAAGCCCGACCUUGUGAUAACAAUCAUCAAUCUAUCUUCGGGGGAGGAUCCCGAGUGAUCUCGCGAUAGCAUCCGACUGAUAUGCAAUGUUGCCUGGUCAGGUAACACGACACGUCACGAUUGAUGCAGCUGCUCUCUCCUUGCGAUUGCGCUCGGAUGUCCUCCCCAUAC